AUGAGGAAAAAGGGGGAAAAAGGGGGGGGGGGGUGUCCAGCCUGUGUAAAAGUCUAUUGUGGUAGGGGUUUAUUGCUGUUAUGUGACACCUUCCUUUCUUCCUCUCUCCCUCCUUCCCUUUCUUCCUUCCUCCCUUCCUUCUUUCUUUCCUUCCAUCCUUCCUUCUUUCUUCCCUUCCUUUUUCCCUUCCUUCCUUCCAUUCUUCCUUCCUCCCUUCCUUUCUUACUUCUUCCUCUUCCAACUCCUCCUCCUCCUAGACACUUCCCAGGCUACGUCGAGUGCAUCCUGCCUGUAAAUGUGCGACCCACGCAUGUCUCCAUCAGCUAUCUACAGAAAAGUGAGCUAACCAACAGACUCCAGAUCAUCUACCCGGGAACUCUCAUCCGAAACUUCACCGUUUGCUACUCCGUUCUACACAGCGGCUUCAGCUCACCAUCCCAGCUCAUACAGUCUAUAGAAAUGAACCGGAUACUUGGCGCCGAGCACUUCGUGGUGUACAACUACAGCAUCUCCCCGGCUGUUGACCAGAUUCUCCAGCGCUACCAGCAGGAUGGUCUGGUCACUGUUGUCCCAUGGCCGGUUCCAACUUGGGAAGUCCAAUACUAUGGACAAAUGGCUGCAGUGAAUGACUGUGGUUAUCGAAACCGCAACAUCUCCAGAUAUGUGGUUGUUGUUGACACUGACGAAUUUAUCAUUCCCAGGAAAAACCUUAAUUGGAUGGAGUUACUUGAUUCUAUCUCCGCUGAAGAAUAUGGCGUUUCGGCUUUUAUGCACCGGGCAAAACAAUUAGGGAAAGGUCCUAAAACAAUUGGUAGCUUUGAAUUUAGGUCAAGUUUGUUUGCUGUUAGCACUACGCCAAUCUGGUCAGAACUUCCUUCGCAAUUUCAUUUUUCGGAGGAAGAAAAGAAUAACAUUCAACAAUUCAACUUAUUUACACUUUCCCAAUUUUGGCGUUCUGAGGAAAUAUAUCCACCACAAAUUAGGAGUAAAUAUAUAAUUCGUCCUGAGCUAGUUUAUAUCAUGGGCAUUCACUUUGUGCAUUCAUUUGUGGGCAACGUGAGCGCCGUUACUGUAGACGUGAACUCGGCACUGGUUCAUCACUAUCGGACAUUGAGAUACGGAAAUGUCAAGGAUACGAGUAUCAUUAAGUUUAAGAACAGGCUGUACCCACGACUCAUACAACAGUGCCAACGGUUUCCGAGUAUCUUUACGUUCUGA